AUGAGCGAAACAAUGACGAAAGAUGAAACUCCUAAACCACAAAUUCAAUUCAAAAAGAAAACACGUAAACCAUUGAGAAGUCGAAAAGCUGAUUCGGACGACAGUGACAACGAACCAGAUAAAAGCGUCUCGGUUAGGAGUAAAGUCGAAGAAAUGAAGACAAUUCAAAAGCUGAGGCAACGUCCUAAUGGAGUCAACGUUGCAGAACUUGCGCUUGGUGAAAAGGUCACAAACGAAGUAUUGAACUCGGAUCCUUUCAAUGUGAAGAGUGGAGGGAUGGUCAAUAUGGCAGCCCUGAAAAACAAUAAAAUCAAGCAGGAUGAUGCUUAUGACACAGGGAUCGGUACUCAGUUUAAUGCAGAAACGAAUAAGCGUGACGAAGAUGAAGAAAUGUUGAAAUAUAUAGAGGAAGAAUUGUCUAAGCGGAAAAAUAAAAACAGUGAAAUUGGAGAAGAUGGAGAAAUAGGAGCAGAUGGGAUGAGCUAUUGUUCUCCAGAGGAAGCUGCUCUCCAAGCUGUGCCUGAGCAUUUGAGACAGAGUUCUACCCACAGGAGCGAAGAAAUGUUGUCUAAUCAGAUGCUCUCCGGAAUCCCAGAAGUGGAUCUCGGAAUAGAAGCGAAAAUUCGAAAUAUUGAGGCAACCGAAGAAGCCAAACUCAAGUUACUUUGGGAAAGGCACAGGAAGAAGGACGUACCAUCUCAAUUCGUGCCGACAAAUAUGGCUGUGAAUUUUGUCCAACACAACAGAUUCAAUAUCGAUGACCCCGAUGCUCAUAAAGGCAAACACCGGGCCAGUGAACGAUCCAAUCCUGCUGCGCCUAAAGACGAUGGAAAAGGCAAACGCAAAGAAAACGGUGAAAAAGCUACUGACGAUUAUUAUUACGAGAGAUUUAAGAAGCAAUUUCGACGAUUUUAGAGGUUUUUUUAUCAUAAUCCUUCAUGUAACAUGUAAUGAAUAAAUUAUCUGUGGAAAAA